UAAAUAUUUUGUGUGUCAUACAAAUUGCUCUCUGUUUUUGUUGUUUUUUGUACAGUAAACAUUGUUGAUAAUUUGAAUUAAAAAUGUCAGAUGGUUCAGAUGAAGAUAUUGAGGACAGCCCUUGGGUCCUUUACAAAAACCGAGAUGAAUGGAAAGACGUUGUGCCAGUCCCUCAGGAUGAUGGACCACACGUUAUUGUUGCAAUUGCAUACUCAGAAAAAUUCCAAGAUGCGUAUGAUUAUUUUAGAGCAAUUUUAAAAUCUGGUGAAAAAUCAGAAAGAUCAUUGAGUUUAACUGCUGAUUGUAUAUGGUUAAAUCCAGCAAAUUAUACAGUCUGGCAAUAUCGAAGGGAUAUAUUAAAAACACUUGGUAAAGAUUUACAAGAAGAAUUACGAUAUGUCGAUACAAUGAUUGAAUCAAACUCCAAAAAUUAUCAAGUGUGGCAUCACAGAAAGGCUAUUGUUGAAUUACUACAAGAUGCAAGUCAAGAAUUAGAUUUUACAGCAUCAAUAUUAAGAAAAGAUGCUAAAAAUUAUCAUUGUUGGCAACAUCGACAAUGGUGUAUUCAAACAUUUAGAUUGUUUGAUAAAGAAUUAGACUACAUAGAAGAAUUAUUGCAAGAUGAUAUAAGAAAUAAUUCAGCUUGGAAUCAAAGAUACUUUGUCAUUAGUAAUACAACAAAUUUCGAAUCAGAUGUUAUAGAUAAAGAAAUUGAUUUUGCAUUAGAAAAAAUAUCAAUUGUUAAAGAAAAUGAAAGUGCUUGGAAUUAUCUCAGGGGAAUAUUGAUGCAUGAUAAAAAUGGGGGCUUAGCAUUUAAUGAAAAAGUUUUAACAAAAUGUGAAGAAUUAUACAAUAAUGGAUGUCGAGCAAAUCAUCUUUUAGCUUGCAUCAUUGAUAUUUGUCAAGGAAGAUAUCGAAAUGAACCACCAGAUUCAUUAUUUCACAUUGAUCGAGCACUAAUGCUUUGCAAAGAUUUGGCUGAAAAACAUGACAAAAUACGUAGACGUUAUUGGCAAUAUAUUAUUCAGCAAUUAUCUGAAAAAUUAAAUUCCACAACGUAAAUAUAAUAUGUCGAAAAUAAAUCACUUGUUAAUGCAUCAAAAUAUUCAAAUAAAA